UGCUCUCCUGAUUCAUCAAGUUAAUGUGAUUCUCUCUGGUUCUUUCCUUCAUGGGUUUUGGUUCUCAAUCCAAAUUAAUGGAGAAAUUCAGGGUUUCUUGUUCUCUUCUCUGUUUCUUGCUUCCUGUAAUCUUCAUCCUAGUUCCAGUUUCAGCGCAGCUGUCGCGGAGUGACAGCAAGGUUCUUUUCCAAGUUCAGAAGCUUCUUGAAUAUCCAGAGGUUGUCCAAUGGUGGACGAACUGGACCAACUUCUGUUACCUUCCUCCUUCUCCUUCCCUCAAGAUUGUCUGCACAAACAGUCGGGUGACUGAACUUACCAUCGUCGGAAACAGGAGUUCCCCUGCUCUUACCCAGAAACCGAAUCAAGCUUUGUCCGGUCAGUUCUCCAUUGAUUCCUUGUUUACUACUCUAGCGAAGUUUUCGAGCUUGAAAGUUCUCUCUCUGGUGUCUUUGGGUUUAUGGGGUCCCUUGCCUCCAAAAAUCGACAGAUUUCCGUUGCUGGAAAGUCUUAACAUAAGCUCCAAUUUCAUUUCUGGGGAGAUUCCGAAGGAGAUUGCAUAUCUCAGCAACCUAAAAAGUCUUGUUUUGAGGGAUAAUCUAUUCAAUGGCAGUGUUCCAGAUCUUACAGGGUUGGUGAAUCUUCAAGAACUGAAUCUGGGCAGCAAUCAUCUUGGUCCGGAGUUUCCUUCAGUAGUGAAGAAUCUUGGGAUUUUGGUGCUGAGAAACAAUUCAUUUAGAUCCCAAAUCCCUUCAGGACUCAACAUCUUUGCUCAGCUCCGUCAGCUAGACGUUUCCUUGAACAAGUUUGUUGGUCCUGUUCCAUCCUUCAUCUUCUCUCUGCCCUCAAUUCAGUACCUGAAUUUGGCUCAAAACCAGUUAACUGGCGCUCUAUCGGUGAACACAUCUUGUGGGGCUAAUCUCCAGUUCGUUGAUAUCUCUCACAACCUUUUGAUCGGAAAAUUGCCUGCUUGCAUUGCUUCAAAUGCUUCCAAUGCUUCCAACCGAAUGGUGAUCAGCUCCUGGAACUGUCUGUCAGGUGUGAAUUCAAAUUCUCAACAUCCCUACUCAUUUUGCAACAAAGAAGCCUUCGCAGUGAAGCCUCCGGUGACACAAGAAAAAGAGAAAAAAUCUAGUAGCAUCAAAAUAGGCCUAAUUCUGGGCAUCUUUGGAGGGGUUUUGGCCAUUGCAGGGGUUUUGUCAUUGUUGGUUUGCUUCAUUGUCAGAAGAUCAGAAACAGAAAGGGUUGAAGAUGCAAAAUAUGACAGAUCUGUUGCUGAUAAAGUGUCUACUUCGAGUUCCUCAGUUCCACCCCUUAUUCCAAGGCGUGUGCCACAGACAAUGAGGUCAGCUGCCAUCGGGCUACCCCCAUACCGGGUUUUCACAUUGGAGGAGAUUGAAGAUGCAACAAACAACUUUGACCCAACUAAUUUCAUGGGGGAAGGAUCUCAAGGCCAGCUAUAUAGAGGGUGGCUCAGGGAUGGCUCGGUGGUGGUUGUGAAAUGCCUAAAACUGAAGCAGAAGCAUCUACCACAGAGCCUGCUGCAAGACUUGGAAGUUCUGUCAAAGUUGAGGCAUAGGCAUUUAGUGAGUGUUAUGGGACACUGCGUGGUUACUUAUCAGGAUCAUCCCAAUACCGCCAACUCUGUGUUUGUUGUCCUUGAACACAUAUCCAAUGGAUCAUUGCUAGACUAUCUUACAGAUUGGAGAAAGAAGGAAAUGCUGAAAUGGCCACAGAGAAUGGCAAUCACCAUUGGUGCAGCAAGAGGGAUCCAAUUCUUGCACACUGGAGUGGCGCCAGGCAUUUUUGGCAACCAUUUGAAGAUUGACAAUAUCUUGUUGGAUGAAACUCUUACUGCGAAAAUUAGUAGCUACAGAAUUCCCUUACCACCUACAAUUGGAUCAGAAAGCCCCCUCAACGGGCAUGACAGUGCCAGUCGUAUCCGCAGUGAUGAUAGUGCAGAGAAAGAAGAUAUUUAUCAACUGGGCAUGAUUCUACUUGAAGUCAUUACUGGGAAACUGGUGGCAUCCACCGAGGAAUUAGAUGAGCUGAAGCUUCAGCUGGGAAGAGCCUUAGCAGAAGGGCCAUCAAAAGUAAAAGGCAUUAUAGAUCCCUCUAUAAGGGGCACUUUUGCAUAUGAAUCACUGAGAACAACAGUUCAGUUUGCCAUAAAUUGCCUUUGCAAAGAUUCGAGCAAACGCCCUUCAAUUGAAGAUGUUCUUUGGAAUUUGCAAUAUUCAAUUCAAGUUCAAGAAAGCUGGACAAGCAGCGGAAAUCUCAGUACUCAAAUGUAAUGUACCAAUGUUUUGUUGAACUUCUCUCCAUCAGUUAUUCAUAAUUUCCUUGUACCAUAAUCUAUCCCUAAAGUAACAAUCAAAAUAGUAUUUUAUCAUUUACCUAAAACAUUUCUAAAUAUUUGAAAUAGGUUGGCUUUGCGUACAUAUCUUUGACUUGUGACAUAUAAAGGCAUCAGGGACAA